AUGACCCCUCCACUUCAGAGACUGCCGCUUCAUAUCGUCGCCGAGAUUCUUGGACACUUGGAUACAAUCCAAGAGCUCGGUCCACCAAUUUUCAGUCAUCGAAUCUUUCAUGAUGCCCUCUAUGACAAUCUUCACGCCAUCGCUCGCCGUAUCCUCACUCGACAGGUCCCAGAUGGUAUACUCUCCUAUUCUCGCAUCCUUCUCGAAACAACGCAAAUCGAUGUGAUGGACCAGAACGCCGUGGAUCCACUCAUAACGCGCCUCGAGAACAUUGAUCCAUCGCCGUCUCUUGUUCACCUGUCCUUGGCCGAAUACGCCUUCAUCAGUCAAAACCAAGCUGCUGUGAAAUGGAUGAGCCAGGAUAUGGCUGAUGAACUCAUUCCGGCUAUCAAUGAAGUAGGGCUAGAUCACCCGAAAACACUCUCCGACAAUGAGACUUUUCGGAUGUACAGAGCUUUUGUUCGCUACCAGAUUAUGUGCAAUUUAUUCUGCCAUCGUCCCCGCCGUCAUAGACGCGAAGUUACGGCCCAAAUAUCAAACUUUUGUCGUGCCUCUUCUCAGUGGGUUAACGACCAGUUACUGACUGUCUACACCUACUUGGAAAGGCAGGUCAGCUUCGCCUUUGAUCAAAUUGCUGCGCACAACGUUGAGUGGGCUGGGGUGCCUAUAGAGUGGGAUCAGUCCUUUGAGCAAUGUGAUCGGAUUCAGCGGCUGCGUACCUACACUGUCUUUCUAGAUAGGAUGCAGUCGACUUUUGCAUAUACUAUGUGGGAUCAUGCUGAUCUUUCGGUGGAACAAUUGGAGGGAAUAUGCACAAAUAUCGCGGGGUGCAGGGACUACUUCAAAAGAUACGGCCGCGACUGGACGGGAAAGGAUCUUCGUCUGGCCGAGAGGCGAAAGAAGGAUAUCUACAACGCCGGGGGUCGGGGGUACUGGCCCAAGGGUGGCCUUGAUGACUUUAGCGGCAUCACCAACAUAAGAGACAGGAGACGGGAGCAGUUGAUUCAGAAGUGGAAAAGGGCCACUGAAAAUGGCGAGGACGAAGAUCCACUUGACUUAUCCGCCCGGGUCUGA